AUGUUACACAACAAAAGAGCGAGCUUCACCGGUUCUGGUAGGAAGGUGUCGCCGCCGGCUCCCACUGCUUUUACAGAGUCGCAGAAAGGUAAGCCUCUGACCGUUCAGCCAAUGCCUCCAAGAAGCCCUCCCUGGAAGACCAGAAGCUCACCAGCUGCAUCAGCCUCCUAUCUAGCCAGCUUACGAAAUGAAAGACCGGCUCGACCUUCAGGCUCGCGUCCGCCGCCUUUCAAGACCGGCACCUAUGUUUCCAGCGUCCACGCUACCUUGACACGCUCCGAUUCUGCACCUUUGCCUCAAGAUCCUGCCGAACUCUCACAGUUGCCAAUCGAUCGCCCCGAACUGACGAAGCCGAGCUCUGUCCCAAGUAGCGCCACACACAAGGGUCGGCCGCUGGCACAUGCACCGACUUCGAGUGUCUCAAGCACCCAGAGCCGUAACAUCUCCCCUUCGACUUCGCUACAUUCAAUCGACACAACAGACAGCCGGUACCGCGAGUCUAUGCACAGAAAACUUGAGCGUGAAGAGUCACACGCUUUGAGAGAGGCUUUGGAGCUGAUAGAUUCUCGGGAUGAAGAAGGCAAGAUUUACGAGGCUGCCCAGCAGGAGGCUGCCGACCUAGUUUGGAAGCAUCGCAAUCCCCAGGCUGCGGAAGACGAAAAGAGCGCACCAUACUUUAACCCGGACAUCCCAUCCAGAAAGAGCUACGGGUCCGAGUUGGGCAGCGGCCAGGCAAAAUCGCAGAGAAACGCCUCGGACUCUUCCUACACCUCUUCAGGCUCUCGCAGCGCUGCUGAUAUCAGGCAUGACUCGAAGCCAAGGGAUCGAACCCUUUCUCAGGCACUCAAGGAUCUCCAGUUGGCGUCUGUGGAACGUUCCAAGGCAAUUAUUGCAACAACACGAUCCGAGAGACGUAGAAGCAGUGGCAUGCGGCACGUCAGUAACGGCUCCAGCAAAGGUGUCUUUCCCAACCCCGAUAACCAGAUCUAUGAGGAGCCCGAGGCAGUCAAUUCUCCCCGAGAGAGUAAACCUGAUUCCGCAUUGCCUCUUCGGUCAACGACACGGAACUCCAUCCUUCGAGGUGCAAGGCCUCUACCACAGAAGCCAGGCGUAACGUUCGCUCUUGAGAAACCAAGACACAACCGCAUUGACAUCUACAAGAACCCACCUUCGCAGUCGCGCAACGCUGGCUAUACGGCCAACAACUCUCGCACCUCACAUGAGGAGGCACGGCAGGAUGAGGAGCCCCCGAAGUCCGCUGAUGGAGUUGAGAUUCGCAGCGAUGACAUUCGAGCGGCCACCAGUAUGAAGCUGAAGGACAGAAGUGCAAAGUUGCCCAAGCCUGUUGCUGUAAGCGAUCAAUUGGGCCGCCCGAUUGUCAGCUUCGAUCCGGCUUGGAAGCCACCGAGCGACUCUCCACGAGCCAGCCAGGAUUUGGCCAGACCUGUCAUCAAGCUGACCGAGUCUCCUCGAAGCAGCAAAGACAUCGAGCGACCACUACCCCGGCCACUGCCUUCGACCAACCAGACUGUCAAUUCCGCACCAGCUGUUCCUACUAUACAGCUACCGCCGGAGACUAACGUUCCCACCAUUCAUGUUGAUUCAGGAGAGGCGCCGUCUAUCGCGGUUUCGCCUCCUGCAAUCAACCUCUCGGGACCCACGGUUAAUGUUGCAGCCCCCGAAGAGGGAUCAACCAGCUCUAAGCCGGCUCCGAGACCUCUGCCGAAACAUGCCUCGACGUCACCUGCCAAUAUGACAUCGAACAAACGCCUGCCAUGGCUGAGGUCAGGCGUACCAGGUGCGCCAACCGUCUCAUGCUCCAGCUGCAGCUUGCCAAUCUCUGGGAGAAUCGUUACCGCCUCUGGUUCGCACAACGGAUCUCUAAAGGCAAGGUUCCAUCCUGAGUGCUUCUCUUGUCAUCACUGCCAAACGAAUCUCGAAUGUGUUGCAUUCUUCCCGGAGCCGGAUGAGCAUCGACAGAAACGCCUGGACGUCGAGGGUAUUGCUGAAGGUUCGGAAGACGCCGACAUCCGUUUCUUCUGCUCACUCGACUAUCAUGAGAUGUUCUCUCCUCGCUGCAAGUCUUGCAAAACUCCAAUCGAAGGUGAGGUCAUUGUGGCGGCUGGAGCGGAAUGGCAUGUCGGCCAUUUCUAUUGUGCCGAGUGCGGAGAUCCUUUUGACUCAAGCACACCCUUUGUUGAGAAAGACGGCUAUGCAUACUGUGUACGCUGCCACACGAAGCGCACGAGCGCUCGCUGCCGCGAAUGUAAACAGCAGAUCCUGGAUGAGCUGACGGUUGAGGCGCUGGGCGGUAAGUGGCAUGAGAAAUGCUUCAAGUGCUACGAAUGCGAGGGGAGCUUUGGGGAUGAAGGCCGGUUCUUCAUACGGGAUGUGCCCGUCGAGCCAACAGACAAAGAGAAGCGCAAAGGCAUCACGAGCAAGAUGGAAGAGAAGGCUGUGUGCUCGGCCUGCGAGGAGAGGAGACUGAAAGCUUAG